UCCCCUGGAGCAACAUCGCAGCACGGUGACCUCGAUAAACUUUCUCCAUGGCAAAUCAGGGGCAGAACUGCAUCUUCUCCACCUUGUUUCUUUCUUUUCAGUUUUCAGUUUUACCUUCCCUCUCGGAAUUUUCUUGUUCUUUAUCUCCAUCUUCCUGUAACUACCUUUCUUCGUCUUCUUCAACAUACAUUCACCAAACAGGCGAACGCCCGCUUGCUUACUGACAGCUUAUUGUAACUACCUUUCAAACUCUCCUCAACUACAAACAAACAAAAUACAAAAUAGUUCUUCGUCAUCAAAUAAAAUCAUCCUCAAUAUCUUCCUUAACUACUUUUCAAACCCACCACGCCCAUACACACUCCGCAUUAUCAAAUCAAAUUAUCUUCAACCUUUCUAUUUUCAUUGCUUCUUCCUUGUCUCCCUUACUCAUGGAGGCCUCAUGGCAGCAAAGUGUUACAUACUCCCUCAACACCAUCUUCCUCCUCUUUUCUGCCUACCUCGUCUUCGUCAUGCAAAUCGGCUUCGCCAUGCUCUGUGCCGGCUCUGUCAGAGCUAAGAACGCCGUCAACAUUAUGCUCACCAAUGUCGUCGACGCCGUCGUUGGAAGCAUCUCCUUCUACCUCUUCGGCUUCGCAUUUGCCUUCGGCGACGGCGCCAGUUCUAACCCUUUCAUCGGUACUAAUCUGUUUGCUCUCGCUAGCAUUCCUAAUGGCACUUACGAUUACAGUUUCUAUCUUUACCAAUGGGCUUUUGCAAUAGCCGUAGCAGGCAUCACAAGUGGGUCUAUCGCUGAGAGAGCCCAGUUCAGUGCUUAUCUCGUUUUCAGUUUUUUUCUCACGGGCUUUGUUUACCCAGUUGUGGUCCAUUGGGUCUGGUCCUCCGACGGCUGGCUCAGUACUGGGUCGAGCCAUUUGUUUCUGGGGUCAGGUGCCAUUGAUUUCGCUGGGAGCGGAGUGGUGCAUCUGGUUGGUGCUGUAGCUGGUUUCUGGGGUUCGCUCAUAUUAGGCCCUCGGGUGGGCCGGUUUGACGCGUUCGGCAAGCCAGUGCCAUUCCGAGGCCACAAUGCAAGUCUCGUGGUACUUGGAACGUUCCUUUUGUGGUUUGGGUGGUUUGGGUUUAAUCCCGGUUCAUUUGAUAAGAUUCUUCUAUCGUAUCCUGACACAUCCGACGAGGGUAAUUGGACCUCCAUCAGUCGAACUGCGGUUGUGACUACAUUAGCCGGUUCAACAGCCGGAAUCAUAACCUUGUUUGGUCGGCGAUUAAUAAUCGGCCACUGGGAUGCAAUAGAUGUUUGCAACGGGUUGCUCGGGGGGUUUGUUGCUAUCACUUCCGGAUGCUCGGUUGUUGAGCCAUGGGCCGCCAUUAUUUGUGGGUUUGUUUCAGCUUGGGUCCUGAUUGGGCUCAAUAUCUUGGCCCUGAAAUUGAACUAUGAUGACCCAUUAGAGGCGGCCCAAUUACAUGGUGGGUGUGGGGCUUGGGGUUUGAUAUUCACGGGAUUGUUUGCCAAGGAAGAGUUUGUGAUUCAAGUCUAUGACAAAGGCGUGACUGGGGUUACCAGACCCUAUGGGCUUCUAUUAGGAGGUGGAUGGGCUUUAAUUGGAGCCCAAAUUAUUGAAUUGUUAUCUAUAUUGGGUUGGGUUAGUGUUACCAUGGGCCCUUUGUUCUAUGCCUUGCACAAGCUUAGGCUGUUAAGAAUCUCCAAAGACGAUGAAGUUACAGGCCUUGAUAUCUCAACCCAUGGAGGUUCUGCUUAUUCUCAUCAAGAGGAAAACUUCCCUCUAUCUUACGCCGAUUAUAUUCGCCUUAGAGAUCGUAAUCUUGAUUGAGUUUCGAGAACGGUCUAACAUUCGUUUUUUUUUUUUUAGCAUUCCACUGUUGAAGAAGGUAUUCAAAUUCUAAGUUUUGUUGACCAUUUUGCAAAUCCAAACGCUUGCCUCCUCCUGUGCAUCAACUUCGGCUUUUUACAGCAUGUAUCAUUUAUUGGUAAGAUGCAGAGAUUAUAACUCAAACUUUUACACAACUUCACUAACACUUCAUUCGUUAAAUAAAGGCAAUACAUGGAGUUCAUAAUUGAUUUUGAUGUUUAGUAUGAGUGUUUUGAUAUUUUCUUCAUAAAAUUAUAGUUUUGGCUUCUAAAAUUAAUUAUUAAUGUUAUCCAAUCAGGCACAUUGUCUAGUGAUUUUAUUUCAAAAGUUUAACUAUGUGCCUUUCUCCAAUCUUUUAGA